CUUCUUUCUCCCUCUCAAAGCCUUCCAGCUGCCGCGUUCGGACCUCGCUGCUCCAGCCUCCGGGGCACGAUCCAUCCUACCAGCUUGCGACCCGCAGAGAGAAAAAUUCAUUAUCAUUCUCUUGCCCCGUACCUUAAGGCGAGCAAAAACUUAAAAUAAAUUUUAACCAUGAGGGAAAUCGUGCACAUCCAGGCUGGUCAGUGUGGCAACCAGAUCGGUGCCAAGUUUUGGGAGGUGAUCAGCGAUGAACACGGCAUCGACCCUACGGGCACCUACCAUGGAGACAGCGACCUGCAGCUGGACCGCAUCUCCGUGUACUACAAUGAAGCCACAGGUGGCAAAUAUGUUCCUCGUGCCAUCUUGGUGGAUCUAGAACCUGGGACCAUGGACUCUGUUCGCUCAGGUCCUUUUGGCCAGAUCUUCAGACCAGACAACUUUGUUUUUGGUCAGUCAGGGGCAGGCAACAACUGGGCCAAGGGCCACUAUACAGAAGGGGCUGAGCUGGUUGACUCAGUCCUGGAUGUGGUGCGGAAAGAAGCUGAGAGCUGUGACUGUCUGCAGGGCUUCCAACUCACCCACUCGCUGGGCGGGGGCACAGGCUCUGGAAUGGGCACCUUGCUCAUCAGCAAGAUCCGUGAAGAGUAUCCUGACCGCAUCAUGAACACCUUCAGUGUGGUGCCCUCACCCAAAGUGUCCGACACUGUGGUUGAGCCCUACAAUGCCACCCUCUCCGUCCACCAGUUGGUAGAGAACACUGAUGAGACCUACUGCAUUGACAAUGAAGCCCUCUACGACAUCUGCUUCCGCACCCUCAAGCUGACCACACCAACGUACGGAGACCUGAACCAUCUCGUCUCAGCCACCAUGAGCGGUGUCACCACCUGCCUCCGCUUCCCUGGCCAGCUCAAUGCUGACCUGCGCAAGCUGGGCAGUCAAUGGGUGCCCUUCCCACGUCUCCACUUUUUCAUGCCUGGCUUUGCACCCUCCAAACCAGCCGUGCGCAGCCAGCAGUACCCCGGGCCCUCAACCGUGCCUGAACUCACCCAGCAGGUCUUCGAUGCCAAGAACAUGAUGGCUGCCUGUGACCCCCGCCACGGCCGGUACCUCACCGUGGCUGCUGUCUUCCGUGGGCGGAUGUCUAUGAAGGAGGUGGAUGAGCAGAUGCUCAACGUGCAGAACAAGAAUAGCAGCUACUUUGUGGAAUGGAUCCCCAACAACGUCAAGACGGCUGUCUGCGAUAUCCCACCCCGUGGCCUCAAGAUGGCGGUCACCUUCAUUGGCAACAGCACUGCCAUCCAGGAGCUCUUCAAGCGCAUCUCAGAGCAGUUCACAGCCAUGUUCCGCCGAAAGGCCUUCCUCCACUGGUACACAGGUGAGGGUAUGGACGAGAUGGAGUUCACUGAAGCUGAGAGCAACAUGAACGACCUCGUCUCUGAGUACCAGCAGUACCAGGAUGCCACAGCAGAAGAAGAGGAAGAUUUUGGUGAAGAGGCCGAAGAAGAGGCUAAGGCAAAGCCCCAUCACCUCAGCUUCUCAGUUUCCUCAGCCUUCUUCCUCAUCUGCCCCUUUCCUCUCCCACAGAAUUUGCAUUUUCUGCCUCUUUUUUUUUUCCUUUUGGAGGGGGGUGGUUCUUGAACAGUGCCUGGCACAUAGUAGGCACUCAAUAAAUAUUUGCUGUUUGCUGAAUGGCUCUUCUCUCUUUCCACCUUGGAAAACCUCAAUUUCUGCAUUCUGGGUGGCCCCAAUUUCCUUCCGGGGCCCACCCCUCCCAUCUGUCCAGUUAAUAAUUCUCUCUCUGCUCUUAAGGUUAUAUCUCCAAAAUGCUGGGUCUCAUCCAGAUCCCAUUUAGAACUGUGCUGUAAACCCAAAUGGCCACAUCCUAAGCCCACAUGAUGGUCAAGGAAAAGGGAAACCAAGUUGAUAGCAGGUAGAAGUUGCUACAAGGAAGGGAGUGGGAUUUUACAUUGCAGCGCAGUUUUGAGGGGAAUCCAGGCUGUCAUGAUUUCCAGGUACUUCCCUGUUCCUCUCAGCUGCAGGGAAGAUGUUACAGUAUUAACCCCAAUUUCAGUUUCUCUCCAAGCUCCAUCCUGAGCUCUCAGUUCCCUUAGGAAGGGUCUGCCCUAAUCUGUCAGUGGGAUCCCUUCCUCCCUCACAUUGGAUUCCUUCCUUUCCCUAGUUCAUGAAAAGGGAAGAGAUCAAUUUUGGUCCCUAAGUGUCUAGAAAGCCCACACUCACCCCUGCCACAAUCCCACCUUUUCUUACCCCAAAAAAGGAAUCGCAGCCCUGACAGGGAAAGUGUGUGCUGCCACUCAGAUGUCUGAGUCAAUAUCCUAGAAGAGGGGACAGGACACCCUCCACCUUUUUGUGAUAUCAUCUCUUGCUACUGCCUUCCCCCCAAUCCUUAAGUUUUUUCAUAUUCUACACUUCAAAUUUCUAUUUUGUGUUGAACUUGCUUUUUUUCAUAUUGAAAAGAUGACAUUGCCCCAAGAGCCAAAAAUAAACAGGAAUUGAAAAAGAAAA